CGUCUUGUCUAUAAGCAUUCCCCUCCAUUUCGCCUGUCAACUUAUCCCUUCGUAGUGCAAUCCCGGGGUCAUCCGGUCCGUUGCUUCGCCGGAAGAUCGACAUGUCGUGGUUGGAGCAAUAUGUAGAGGGCAGUAGUAGUAGGCAUGCAGAGCAAGCUAACAUGCACCAUGUCAACGUUUGGGAAGCUCAGCUUCUCAUGACCCAUGGCUCACAAGCGCCUCUCAAUACUUCUCCAACUUCGUCGCCUCCCGCUGUCGAGUCUCCCUCCCAAUAUAAUCCGCAAGGGACUCGUGUAGUCUCUUCUCCGUCCCCCAUGCCCCCUAUGCACGCUGACAGUCACAACUUUGCUUUGCAACCUGGCCUCUACGGCGGCGACGAUGCCGCUGGCGCCGAGUACAGCGAAGCGAAUUUGGGUCAUGAUGAAAGCGAGGGAGCCGGGGAUCUAAUGCCAACAAGCGUUCUACGUACGCAUGGGAACCUGCCCGCUUCCAUCGUAUCGCUGACUCUUCCCUGUGUCUCCGAGUAGCCGAUUGUCUGCAGCCCGUGUUUCCAUUUCCCUUCUUCAAUGCAAUGCAGAGCAC